AUACUGAAGCCAAUAGAAUCGAGUGUAUUCGGGGUAGAACGCGCCUCUGAGGGUGACUGCCAUUUACAGUAGCAAAUCAAAAUCGAGGAUGGACAUGCUGUAGCCAAUGAGCAGAGGCGGUAGCGGGUUUAGCUUCCCGUGUUUUUUUAAUACGAGAAAACGGAACAAUUACUUUUAGUUAGUUGCUGAAAUCAUACGAAUUUAUUACAAAUAUUCCGAUUGAUUGUUCUGUUUUUUUGACGAACGUAAUCUCCGCUUUUGUUCAAAACCGAGUCAGUGCUGUGUUCUGAUUGGCUGAUCCACAUGUCUGCCGAAGCCACAUGCUGUGCCCUGGGGGAGUGUGGGGCGGGGAGGGGAGGGGCAGGAAGUGUGUCAGAGCGGCUUCCUGUGUCCUCUGCCCCAGGCUCCGCCCCUGCCUUAGUGACAGCCCCGCCCCCAUCCUUUGAGCUGAAGCCCCUCCCCUUCCCCAGCAGUAAGUACGUGAAGCUCAAUGUGGGCGGGUCCCUCCACUACACCACAGUGCAGACCCUGAGCAAGCAGGACAGCCUUCUGAAGGAGAUGUUCAGCGGGAGCGUGGAGGUGCUGACUGACAGCGAGGGCUGGGUGCUAAUUGACCGCAGUGGAAAGCACUUUGGCACGGUGUUGAAUUUCCUGCGGGACGGGGCGGUGCCGCUGCCAGACGCCCCCCGGGAGCUGCAGGAGGUGCAGGCAGAGGCACGGCACUACCGGGUCCCGGGGCUGCAGGAGGCCUGCCACACUGCACUGCAGCAAAAGAGUGCGGGUGCAGACGCUGUGUGCAGGAUCCCCAUGAUCACCUCCCCCAAAGAGGAGCAGAAACUCAUCUCCUCCUGCAGCCAGCCAGUUGUUAAACUUCAACACAACAGAAGCAACAAUAAAUAUUCCUACACAAGUAACUCGGAUGAUAACCUGCUGAAGAACAUCGAGCUGUUUGACAAGCUGGGGCUGCGUUUCAACGGACGGGUCCUGUUCAUCAAGGAUGUGCUCGGAGACGAGAUCUGCUGCUGGUCCUUCUACGGAGAGGGCAGGAAGAUUGCAGAGGUGUGCUGCACCUCCAUCGUGUACGCCACAGAGAAGAAACAGACCAAGGUUGAGUUUCCCGAGGCCCGUAUCUUCGAGGAGACUCUCAAUAUCCUGAUCUACGAGGGUGGGCGGGGAGGGGGCGUGUCCUCGGCUGUGCUGGAGGCGGGUGGCGUGGCCUCGGCACUGGGGCUCCUCCCCCCGGAGGAGGAGGAUGAGAGGGGGGGCCGUGAGAAGAGGGUGCGCCGGAUUCACGUGAGGAGACACAUCAUGCAUGACGAGAGACCGCACGGGCAGCAGGCUGUGUUCAAGGACUGAGAGACCCCUGUAUCCCAACCCUGACCUUGCGCCUGACUCCCUCGCCCCUAACCCUCUACUAUACCUCCCGGGUACAGUACAGAUACUGUCCUUCGGCUAUACACUUCAAUAAGAACAAUUUAACAGUGUAACCCUAACCCCAAUCCUGACCCUAACCCCUACUCUAACUUAACCCCAACCCCUCACAUCUGUACCCUAACCCUACCCCUCUAUAGACUGAAGAGAGGAGCAUGUGAGAUCAGACAGCCCCCUCCCACCUCCAGACUGGCUGUAAGGACUGAGGAAUCACACACUCAUCUCUUCUCUCCUCUCUCCUCCCCUCUCUCUCCGAUCGACACCUCUCCCCAAAGUUUUAAAAUCCAUUCCUUUACCUCUUACUAGCUUUAUUAACAUUCACUGGUCCUCCCUUUUAAAGGAGUGCUGACCAUCUUUAAAAUCCAUUCUCUCACCUCUUAUUAGCACUAGCAACAUUAUCACUGACCCUGAAUUUGGAACAUGUAAAUAUCUCAAAGACUGCACAACAUAAUUAAAAGUGGCAGCUGCUUCUUGGUACUAAAUGACUUCCUGUUCUCUAGGUUAGUCUCACUCCAAUGGUCCUUCACACAGGUAUACAACAAGGCUCUGCCCAGCACACAGCAGGCAAUGCCAGCGAACCAGAUUACAGCUUUAUAUAGACAUCAGGUUGGGUCGCUGCUGUAGUUCUGUACAGAGUUUUUUAUUAGUGUUAUACAGUGUGGUCCCGCCAGCAUUGCCCUGUGUACAGCACAGCACAGCGAGGCUCUGCCCAGCACACAGCAAGCAAUGCCAGCGCACUAGAUUACAACUUUAUAAGUUUGGGAACAAGUUUUUAUGUGAGUUUGUGUUUUUGUUAAUUCCAUUUAUUAUUAUUAUUAUUAUUAUUAUUAUUAUUAUUAUUAUUAUUAUUAUUAUUAUUCUGUAAAACUGUUUUAUAAAGAUGACAGUUGUAGUUUUGUUUUUUAUUAUUUGAAUUAUUUUGUAAAAUGUAAUUCUCUUCAAUACAUUUUUAAUGGUAAAUUAUUGAAUUGCGUUUUAAAUGUGCUGUUUUUUGUUUUUGUGGGGGAAUCAUUAUAAUAUUGCAAUGAAAAUAUAUACACAAAAUAAACAUGUUGCUUGACAAUAAAGAAA